AUGAAAGCUUCGAUUUUCCUCGCCGUCACAUCUCCCAGUUUCGCGGACAUUUUUCGUGGUCACGUGAAAAGAGAACUGACUGGCAGUUGGAUUCGCUCGAUAAACAAACAGCCCAAGAAUGCAAGAGGAGGAAAAGCACUUGUUGAAGAGUCGCUUCGAGCGGAAGAUACCAGCGAUUUUCGACCGUUGGCAGCGAUGAUGAUGUUUCUGAUGACUGAAAAUGGCAAAUACAAAUACGAUUCUAGCGACAAGCAAGAUUUCUCAGAAGAACUUCGCGAGCUGGAAAAACAAUACACCAAUUACGGCUGCUACUGCUGGAUUGACGGCGCUGAUGCUGGAGUCAUUGGCGGCGGAAAACCAGAGGACGCGACAGACUUCCACUGCAAAGAGCUUUACCGUUGCUACAAAUGCGUCGGCCUCGACUACGAUUCCGACUAUGCCAACUUGACUUACACGGCUGAGUUGAGAAACAACCCAUUUGACCGGCAAAUCGAUUGCUCAAUGAACGCAAAAGAAGAUGCUCAGAACAUUUGCGAGUGCGACAAACGAUUUGCUGAAAGCAUUGCUCAAACUCGUCAAGAUUGCGAAACAGGAAUAAGUGCUUCAGAAAAAGGAGGAACCUGCAUGAACCCAAAACUCCGAACAAUGACUGGAGGUGGCGAUUUCGUCCCCCGAAGCCAGUGCCAAAAGGAGUUCAUGAACAUGGACCGAGACAAAUGCUGCGGAAUCUACCCAAAUCGACGACCGUACUCCUCCACUGAGCAAGAAUGCUGCGAAAUCGACCAGUCCGCCUUCGUCGGUGAAAUUUCCGGACGACUGUUGGAAUAUUCCGUCACGAAAAUGGACACUUGCGAGGAGCAAAAAGGCGGGAGAGUAGUCCAAAGCGCACAGGGCAAUCCUCAUGUCUAUUUUGAGCUCAAAUAA